AUGCUCACAGUGGAGAGUGCAGACAAGGCAUUAAUGACUGCUUCGGUUGUAGUAAGAUCGGGCACACAGUUAACAAGUGCCAUCAGAAAAGAGGUCAGGCUAGAUGUAACGCUCAGCCUAGGCCUAAUCCGCAGGAUGCAGCAGCAGCAGCGCCUCCUAAGAGGAACUGGUCAUGUUUUGUCCGACAAAGGGGUGAAGGUGAAUGCCAGAAAAACUGAGGCUGUUAAGAACUGGCCAAAACCUCUUACUCCCACUGAUAACCGCAGCUUUCUAGAAUUGGUUGGUUACUACCGCAGGUUGAUGGAGGGUUUUUCUUCCAUUGUUACCUCACUGAUAGCUUUGACUAAGAAGAAGGCCAUGUUUGAAUGGAUAGAGACUUUUGAAAAGAUUUUACAGUAG